UCUGAAGAGCACUUCAAAGAGGGAUCCACAACACAACACACAUGCACACUCACAAACUAAAAUAUUGAGAUUUUGUAAAAGAUAGACUCAACUUUGGGGUUGCAGAAAACUUAAAUCAGAGUGCCAUAAACAAGAAGACACGCGGCGGACUGCGCGCGAGCGAGGAGUCGCAUCGAUCACGCAGAAUGCUGCGAGGCUUCACACCUUCGCACUGAUCGGACUCGUUCAGCUCGUUUCAUCGAUCGAUUGAACGGUCAGUCACUCGGACACUACUCUCCAAUAAAAACCUAUUUUAAAAGCAGCGUUUCCUGUCCCGAGCACAUUUAUCAGUAUCACUGACGCCUCCGGGACCCUCUCCAGCCGUGCCGUCAUAAACCCCGCAGGUUACCGUCACUUUUCAACAUGAUCAACACCUUUUGCCAAGGGUAGUUCAGAGCAAUGGCACUUUCUUGUAAACCCUGUGAACUGGAUAUUUGCUUCUCCCACCUCAAGUAAGAGUCAAAGACCAUUUUCUGUAGUCAAGAUGCAGAUCCUUUCAGCUGUUUUGCUCCUUUUCUGUUUACACAAGUGUUGUUGGAAGGUCACAUGCAGAAGAGUCCAUAUUCAAGAGGUAGGUCUCGUGGAUUGGGGGGAGGUUGAAAAUGAGGAGCACCCCUCCCCCAAAAGUGCCAGCCCCCGCAUUCUCAACCCCCUGCGCCUUUUCGCCCGGGGAUCCCCUGGGUUCAAGAGCAACAGGAGGGAGAUUACAUAUUUGGAAAACAUCGAGGACUCUUGGGACUGGUUAUCUAACCAGACAGAUGUCAGAGAGGCGCAGAGCAGGACUAAACGCAGACCAAUCGUGAAAACGGGCAAGUUUAAAAAGAUGUUCGGCUGGGGUGACUUCAACUCCAACAUCAAAACUGUGAAACUAAAUCUCCUCAUUACAGGCAAGAUAGUGGACCACGGCAACGGCACGUUCAGCGUUUAUUUCCGCCACAACUCCACGGGCCUGGGGAACGUCUCCGUAAGCCUGGUGCCGCCUUCCAAGGUGGUGGAGUUUGAGAUCCCCCAGCAGUCCACCCUGGAGACAAAAGACUCAAAAUCUUUCAACUGUCGUAUCGAGUACCAGAAAACAGACCGCAGCAAAAAGACUUCACACUGCAGCUAUGAACCGUCCAACACGUGUUACCAAGAAUCCACCCAGAGCCACGUGUCCUGGCUCUGCUCGAAACCCUUCAAAGUCAUAUGCAUCUACAUCGCCUUCUUCAGCACUGACUAUAAACUGGUGCAGAAAAUCUGCCCAGAUUACAACUAUCACAGUGACAUGCCGUAUGCAUCCACGGGUUAAGAUCCAGUCCAUCCUAGACAGUGAGAACUGUCAUCCUCAUUUUCAGCAUGUGUAAAAUGUUUCACAUUAGGCUACACUAUUGGCAUUGCCUUGGCCUUUUGUGAUAUGACAGUCAGGACAUUUGAGGGCAAAGUAACUGAUCAACACUUUUGUAUUUUGGCUUUAAAAACCCACUGAAUGGUGAAGUUUUUUGUGUUUUUUUUUUUUUUUAAACACAAUCUUUCACUAAUUCUCAUGUUAAUAAAACACAGACCUACUGAGAAUAGAUUACACAUAAAACACCUUUUUAUUGUAAGGUUUAUGCGUGUGUUAAUAUGUGUUUAUUUUAUUGAGCAAUGGCCUCUUGUUCAGCACUAAAUUGUGUGAAGCAUUUGUCAAGAUAAGUGCGAACGGGGUUAAAUCAUUCAGCAAAGACAUUACAUACAAAUUACUCUUAGUUAUUUAGCAUUUCACAAAAACUUUAUGUGUGAAUUGAGAUUUGUGUAUAAUUUCAAAGAGUAAUUUGCAACGUCUCAUGAGAGCACAAUUCAUUGGACAGCUGGAUUUAGUGAAUCUGGCAGCCGGUUAACAAUCCUUUGUCAUGGUCUUGCCGCAGAGAUCCACAUUUCCAGGCUCCAAUUAACAUUAAUUAUAGUGGGAAAUUUCACUUACAAACCAUGACAAAGGGGACCGGAGCCAAAAACUGAAAUUUAGCAUGUCAGUCAUGUAGCUAGCAAACAUCUAUUCAUGCCAGUGACUUCAAACUCUUUCAUGUCCUCUGUUCAUGGAAAAGUGAAAAUGUGUAAGGAGUAAAAUACAGAUGUUUAUGCAAACACAAAUGAGGGUAAUUUAAUACAAUAUGCAAGUCUACCUUGUAUUAAAUCUUUCAUAAUUUAAAACAGUAUAUGGCGAUCAUUUGAAGGAAUAAUUUAUGUUUGCACAUUGUAGUCCAAAUGUCAGUGUGUCACAAUGAACCAGCUGAAAUGCCAGUCUGAUCAUCAGAAAUGGAAUUCUCAGGUUCCAUGUGUGUGUGUGUGUGUGUGUGUGUGCCAAAAAGAUUAUGACUGUUUAUUUCAUUUUUCCCAUUUCAAGAGUGACUGAUCUGGAUCACAGUUCUGCUCUAAGUGAAGAAUCAAAUGGAUAAUUAAUUGUACUGAUACUCUACUUGUCUGCACACGAACGUUACCAUCAAGAACAUGUCAAUAUGAAGAUAGCUGUUUAUAAUUGUAUUUAGUUUAUAAUCCCAUGUGCAUUUUUGUGAAUAGUGUAUAAAUGUGACUAUAAAACCGUGUGUAUUUUGCCUUUUAA